CAUUUCGAUCGUGCUGAAAGCAAAACAGUGGCCGUAAUUUUCGUCUGUGCAACCAAAACAGAAUGUGGUUCGAAAUUUUGCCAUCGUUCGGCAUUAUCACGACCGUUCUUGCCUUGCCGGGAUUCGCACUUUACGGCCUGCACAAGCUAACGCUGGGAAAUGCUUACCGGCGCAAUACCGAUGAAAGGUGGGAACGCCUCAUGUACACCCGAGACAUGCGACUAACCGGUAACCCGUACCAGUGCAACGGCCUGGAAACGAUUUCAGAUAAAUAAUGGACCGCGGAACACAGGAUCGGGAAAGAGUGUUGUUACCUUUGAUGCUGAUUGGUGUAGAAUAAAUAGGCCGCGAAAGGUUA